AUGCAUUUCUACCGAGCUGUCGCAUCUGUGGGCCCCCUCUCUGGACUUUUUGUGUCAGCAAGUCUCCAAAACAAACAAUGUUUCAAACACGAGUCUUUGGCAGGAGGGUUCGUUGAAGGACCUGCUAAGAUGAGCGUGGACCCUCUUGUUACCUUUGAUUCACCCAUGGUGUCUCUUUACAAUAGCACCGUGAGCGAAAACUGGUCCUUCGACGCUGUUUCCCACGACGGCAGGGCCAGCAUCGUUGUUUAUCUUACCCGAGGCACAGUUGCCAACUUUGUUGGCGCCCAGCGGGGUCUGAUCUCUGUCUCAUGGGCCAACGGAACGCGGUACAUGGAAAACGCAUUCAUGAACAUGUCAACCUUGAUCAUGUUCCCCAAGUCUACAUCUGGGUUGUGGACGAACAAUGACAAGGACGUAUCCUGGAGCUUCACUGCAUCUGCAGACUUCAAGAAAUCGGUCGUUACUAUCAAGUCAUCAAGGAUCAAUGGCACAUUCACGCUCAAGAAUCGAAGUCCUCCCAUUUACCCCGGAGGUCUUGUAUACCCAAACGCAAAAGCCAGUGUCAUGUUCGCCCCUGAAAUGUACUGGCAAGAACAGUUCCCCGUUGCUGAUGCCGAAGUUAAUCUGGAUAUCCGCGGCACACCCUUCGUCCUAUCUGGUGUUGGUGGACGGGAUAAAAAUUGGAACCCCCGACCAUGGGCUGUAAUUAGUGGUAAUUGGGACAUGGGGCGGCUUGUUGCUGGACCAUAUGGCUUGAUGUUCUGGAACUAUACAUCGGCUGUGGACGGACAGUCCUACUUCAGCGCCACCUUGAUGAAAGACGGAGAUGUCAUUUUCCGCACUUCAAAUGGGCAUCCAUCACGUGCCAAGGCCUACGGCACCAUCAAGUUGACCAACAGCGGCGGCGUCCAUCUGACAUCCGCCUCAGGAGCUAUGUCUACGCUGCCCAAAUCGCGCCAUACUGGAUAUAUCAUCGAUUUGAUGUCUCCCAAGACACGUGAGCACUGGCGUUUCGUGCUUGAUUUCUCCCAGACAACGUUUUGGUUCCCUGCGAGCUCAACCUUAACCGUUGGUCAAUUCGGCGGUGUAGUCUCUGGAGGGUUAGUCAACCGGAAAGAUUUCAAGGGGGUGGCAUCGGGCUCGGUUCAGGAGUAUGUUCUUCAGAAAGGGCUCUAG